AUGACAGUGAACAACGACCUGCGAAGAGACAACCAACUCCUGCAGGAGCACGGCGCCCGGCUUCACGGACAGAACCAACUCCUCAACAGGACUGCAGAUGAUCUGAUGUCUGUUAAUCUCGCUUUGAGCUUUGAAAGCGCCGAGCUAAUGGAGCAGAUUGGGAAUCUAACUUCUUUAAACUUACACCUCGCGCAAGAACACGAGCGGCUGGUUCGGCACACGUCUGAGCAGGAGGGCAAAGAGCUGAACACGUCUCAAACUAUCAAACAUCUGGUCGACUCCAACGCCCAGCGAGAGCAGGAGGUGCGGCGACUCUCUGACGUCAACGGCCAUCUGAGGGAUGAGCUGGUCCGAGCAAAGGAGAGGAAUCGAGAACUUCUGGAAAUCAACGACGAGUUUCGAGGAGAAGUUCAAAAUCUGAGCGAGAAGAUCGGAACUUUGUCGAGCGGCGGCUGCGUGAAGGCGUCGGAACGCAGCACACAGCUACAGGAGAGUUCGAUUCAGAAACAGAAGCAGAACCUGAGUGCCGUGUUGAUGAAGGAGAGGCGGGAAGCAGCAGAGCGAGAUGCUAGCAGGAGAAACGAGCUGCAAUCCAUAAAGGAGGCCUACAACUCCCUGGACCUCUACUGCCCUGUGGUUAAUCUCAACACAAAAGAACGGAUUUGCAAAAAGUGUCCCAACAGCUGGCAUCAGUUUGAGACCAAGUGCUACUACUUCUCCUCUCAGCAGCUGACCUGGAGCUCCAGCAGAGCCUGGUGCCAGACGCGGGGGGGCGACCUGCUCGUCAUCAACAGUCAACCAGAACAGAGGUUUAUUUUUGAGAGCAGCCGAGCUGUGGAGGCGAGCAGCAGCCGGCUGUGGAUCGGCCUGACAGACGCAGAGGAGGAGGGGGAAUGGAGCUGGGUGGAUGGCAGCCCGCUCAACUCAGAUCUUCAGUUCUGGCUGAACAGAGCGGGACUGGGGACGGAGCCUGACGACUGGAAGCUGGACGACCCUCUGGGAGAAGACUGUGGACACAUAGACACCAGUGAAAAUGCACUCAAGUCCUGGAUGGAUGGUUCCUGUAAGACACUUUACAGAUGGAUCUGUGAAAGCAAUGUUUAG